ACCCUAAUAAAUAACGUGUCACUUCGAAGCUCUUAGUUUGUGCCCUCCACAAAGUCUCCCUUUUAAAAAAAUUUCCCCUUCGUUUCUGAAAUUAUAAAUUUCAAAAGCUGCUGAAGCUUCACUUCCCAUCUUCCUUGCCGUUUUCCCCAUUACUUAAAUUAUUUCCUCCUGAAAGUAAGUAGUCGCCGCCUCGUCACGAGAAAAGCUCAGGCGCCUCCCCUAUUUUACUUCUCGCUUAACAAUCUGUCUCUUUCUGUAGUAUAGCACACUUGGGAUCCAGCACCUUCCUCCUUCCCCUGUUUCUCAUUUGCGCCGAUUCGCUUGUCUUUCCAGCAAUUGGUCUUCAGCUACCCUGAUUCCCAACCCAGUUCCUGAAAUCGAAUUGGAGAUUGAAUCGACCAGCUGGGGGAAGGGUAGCAACAUGACGGUGACGGAGCGCUAAACGGCGGCCCGUUCGGUAUUGGGAAACAAAACAUGCAGCAGCUGAGUUGGCAGAGGUGGAUCGGAUCUGGAGCUUCCCGCCAAUUGGUGGAAAAUAUCUGCCGGCCAUUAAUGAAGCUACCGUCGAGAUCGUCAGCCGUCGUCUUCUCCCUUCUGCUCCUCCUCGGCGGCGCGUUGAUCUCCACUCGCCUCCUCGAUUCCAAUGCGUUCAGCAGCUCGGCGAAGACUCUAACGGCCAGCAAAAUCACGCUUCCCGACAAAAUUCCGAAAAAACAUCUCGAGAUUCCACUCAACUGCACUGCACUCAACCACACCGGAACAUGCCCGGCGAACUACCCGACUACAACGGGAGGCACGAUCGAGGAACCUGGCCCGCCGUCCACGUGUCCGGAGUACUUCCGUUGGAUCCACGAGGACCUGCGGCCGUGGGCCCACACGGGGAUCACGAGGGAGGCGGUGGAGACGGCGAAGCGAACGGCGAACUUCAGGCUUGUAAUCGUGAACGGGAAGGCUUACGUGGAGAGGUAUCAGAGGGCGUUCCAGACGAGGGACGUCUUCACGCUGUGGGGGAUUCUUCAGCUGCUGCGGCGGUUCCCCGGUCAGGUGCCCGAUUUGGAGCUGAUGUUCGAUUGUGUUGACUGGCCGGUGAUCGCCAAAUCCGACGGCUAUAACGAAAAUGGGCCUAACGCCACCGCCGUUCCACCGCCUCUGUUUCGGUACUGUGGGGAUGAUCGCACGCUCGAUAUCGUUUUCCCUGAUUGGUCGUUUUGGGGAUGGCCGGAGAUAAACAUAAAGCCGUGGGAGGGGUUGCAGAAGGAGCUGAAAGAGGGGAACAAGAGGAAGAGAUGGAUGGAAAGGGAGGCUUAUGCUUAUUGGAAGGGGAAUCCGGCGGUGGCGGAGACAAGAAUGGACCUUAUGAAAUGCAAUGUCUCUGAAGAACACGACUGGAAUGCUCGCGUCUUUGCUCAGGAUUGGGUUAAAGAAUCACAGCAAGGGUACAAGCAAUCGGACUUGGCCAACCAAUGCCUGCACAGGUACAAGAUCUACAUCGAAGGUUCCGCGUGGUCAGUGAGCCAGAAGUACAUAAUGGCCUGUGACUCCGUCACCCUGAUGGUAAAGCCCCAUUACUACGACUUCUUCACCAGAAGCUUGGUCCCAGUUCAUCAUUACUGGCCUAUCCAGGAACACGACAAGUGCAAAUCGAUCAAGUUCGCGGUCGAUUGGGGCAACAGCCACAAGCAAAAGGCUCAAGAGAUAGGGAAGGCGGCGAGCUCAUUCAUUCAGGACGAGUUGAAGAUGGACUUCGUGUACGACUACAUGCUCCAUCUCUUGACUCAAUACUCGAAGCUACUGACGUUCAAGCCUGUUGUUCCGAAGCGAGCUGUUGAGCUGUGUUCGGAAUCAAUGGCUUGCAAUGCAGCUGGGUUGGAGAAGAAGUUCAUCAUGGAGUCGUUGGUGAAGAGUCCUUCUGAAAGGGCUCCAUGCACGAUUCCUCCGCCUUACGACCCUCCAUCGCUUAGUUUGGUUUUGAGGAGGAAUUCGAAUUCGAUCAAGCAGGUUGAGUUAUGGGAGAAGAGGUACUGGGACAAUCAGAACAAGCAGCAGCAGUAGCAGGCGUAAAGGAAUAGGGUGCUAUACAAUAUACAAAGGGGACUAGUUUUUCCCUGUUAUAUGUAAAAUCAUUGGGAUCAUAGCAAAUUCCAUUAUUUGUAGCAGUUUCAAUAGUGGGCUCUCCAUAUUUGAGUAGAUGGGCUCGAAUAUUUGGAGCCUGCCUAAAUGGGCCCAUAUACAAACGAACCAGAUCACGCCAUUUGGCCG